GAAGCGUUUCCGCCGCCGAGGUGUCAAAGGUCCGAUCUGAUCCUACCUGGAGCGGACCGCUCCAGUUUCACUGCGGGGCACCACACUGCGUCAGCAACAGCUGUCCUGCGAACCCCUGCCCCUGGGCUGCCAGAGGGGGAGAAUUACGUCCUCAGUGUGUGAGGCUUGACGGAGGACUGGAUUCUUUUUUCUUCCAAGUUUCUUGGGAUUCUGUGGGAACAUAUUUGCCGGAUCGUGCAAAGGUAACCUGCCACCCCCUGCCUUCUCUUGUCCCCCCCUCACGAGUACGAGUUGAGCUGAGAGAUGACUCAUGACUGCUGAAUGGUCCUCGGAACACGGAAAAGUUUCCCUGUCAGGCUGCAGCAGCUUCUUCUAGGGAGACCCUGGUGAGGUGGUAUCCCUUCGCGAUGCGAAGAUGGCGACCGUGCUCCCUCCCCGAGGCACCGAAGCGUUCCGGCCCUUCAGCCAGGAAUCACUGGCGGAGAUCGAGAGGCACCAGGAGGAAAGAAAAAAGGCCGCAGAAGUAGAGGGCCACGAGGGGGAAGAGCCAGAAACCCCGAACGCUGACCUGGAGGCGGGCAAGAGCCUGCCCAUGAUCUUUGGAGACCCUCCAUCAGCACGGCUCAACACACCUCUGGAGGACCUGGACCCCUUCUACAAAGCACAGAAAACAUUCAUUGUGAUCAGCAAAGGAAACACAAUCUUCAGGUUCAACGCUGAACCAGCUUGCUACAUUCUGAGCCCCUUUAGCUUGGUUAGGAGAGGAGCCAUCAAAAUUCUCAUACAUUCAUUAUUUAGCAUGUUCAUCAUGAUUACGAUUCUGUCGAAUUGUGUAUUCAUGACGAUGAGCAACCCACCAGCAUGGAGUAAAACUGUUGAGUAUGUUUUUACUGGUAUUUAUACCAUUGAGGCAACAGUCAAAGUGUUGUCUCGAGGUUUCUGUGUUGGAUCUUUUACAUUCCUUCGAGAUCCAUGGAAUUGGCUGGAUUUCAUGGUGAUCAGCAUGGCAUACGUCACUGAGUUUGUUGACCUUGGCAACGUGUCAGCCCUCAGGACAUUUCGUGUACUUCGAGCCCUGAAAACAAUUACUGUGAUUCCUGGUUUGAAAACCAUCGUGGCCGCUUUGAUCCAGUCGGUGAAGAAAAUGGUGGACGUCAUGAUUCUGACUGUGUUUGCUCUGGCGGUUUUUGCCCUCAUCGGCCUUCAGCUCUUCAUGGGAAAUCUGCGUCACAAAUGUGUGCGGUGGCCCAUCGAGACAAAUGAAACGUCAUUUGAAUUUUUUAACACCACGUCCACAUUCGGAGACACUGCGUCUAUCAACGACACCAUGGGCGUCAAUCAAACAACGUACUCCAACAGUACCUUCAAUUUUUUGGAAUAUAUUGAAAACCCAGAGAAUCAGUAUUUUCUGGAAGGCAGCCUAGAUGCUCUUCUUUGUGGGAACAGCUCUGAUGCUGGAAAGUGCCCUGAAGGAUUCACCUGCAUGAAAGCUGGGAGGAACCCGAACUACGGCUACACCAGCUUCGACUCUUUUGGCUGGGCCUUCCUCGCCCUCUUCAGACUCAUGACUCAGGACUACUGGGAGAACGUUUUCCAGCUGAUCCUGCGGGCGGCUGGUAAGACAUACAUGCUGUUCUUUGUGGUGAUUAUCUUUCUGGGAUCCUUCUACCUCAUCAACCUCAUCCUGGCGGUGGUAGCCAUGGCUUACGAUGAGCAGAAUCUGGCAACUCAGCGAGAGGCAAUAGAGAAAGAGGAGGAGUUCCAGCGACUACUGGAGCAACUCAAGAAUCAAGACCAGGUUCAACCUCUUGGGAGCCAAGCCACUCUAACCAGCAAGAAGUCGCUCAGUCAUCACACGUCGCCUGAGUUGGCGGACGACGAAUUGAGUCUUGCAUAUGACCACGAAGUCAAGGAUUGUAAUGGGAGAAUCAUUCCCCAUCUGUUGAUCAGAGCACCCACCUUUGUUGAGUCUGCUGCAGAUUAUGAAAUCAGAGAGACGUCACUGGGCUCUGUGCACAGCAGGCUUCAGGUGGACGAGCCAGGCCUGAAACAGAGAUCUGCUAGUGUUGUGACUGUGCUCACUGCAGCUGCUAUGGAAGAGUAUGAAGACGCACAGAGGCCGUGCCCACCUGGCUGGUACAAGUUUGCCGACAAGUUCCUGAAGUGGAACUGCUGCACGCGCUGGGUGGUCUUUAAAAAGUGGGUGCUCUUUGUGGUGAUGGACCCUUUUGUCGACUUGGGCAUCACCAUCUGCAUUGUGCUCAACACCCUCUUCAUGGCCAUGGAGCACUACCCCAUGACCCCGGAAUUCGACCACAUGCUCUCAGUGGGGAAUCUGGUUUUCACUGGGAUCUUCACUGCGGAAAUGUUCUUCAAGCUCAUCGCCAUGGAUCCCUACUAUUACUUUCAAGUUGGCUGGAACAUUUUCGACAGCAUCAUUGUCUCGCUCAGUCUCGUGGAGUUGGGGCUGGCGAAUGUCCAGGGGCUCUCCGUCCUCAGGUCUUUCCGUCUGCUUCGUGUCUUCAAACUAGCCAAAUCCUGGCCCACGCUCAACAUGCUGAUCAAGAUCAUUGGCAACUCAGUGGGAGCAUUGGGAAACCUGACUUUGGUGCUGGCCAUCAUUGUCUUCAUCUUCGCCGUGGUGGGCAUGCAGCUCUUUGGCAAGAACUACAAGGACUGCGUGUGCAAGAUCUCCUUAGACUGUGAGCUGCCACGCUGGCACAUGCACGACUUCUUCCACUCGUUCCUCAUCGUGUUCCGCAUCCUGUGCGGGGAGUGGAUCGAGACCAUGUGGGACUGCAUGGAGGUGGCCGGAGUUGGGAUGUGUUUAGUUGUCUUCAUGAUGGUCAUGGUCAUUGGAAAUCUAGUGGUGCUGAACCUCUUCCUGGCCCUGCUGCUCAGCUCGUUCAGCGGAGACAACCUUUCGACGGAGGAGGACGGGGAGAUGAACAACCUCCAGAUUGCCAUCGGCAGGAUCACACGGGGCAUCAACUGGUUCAAAGCGUUUGCCAUGCAAACCGUUCUGCAGAUUCUAGGCAGAAACCCCAAGGAGCAAGAGGACGCUGCCAUGGAGGGCGCGGCCCCUAAAAUGGAGACAAUCGAAAUGAACCACUCGGACACCAGUCAGGAUUUAAAAAUGCCAGACGGGCUACCUAAUUGUUUGGUGGAAGGCCGGCCUUCUGGAUUUAUUGUGGAUGGAGAGCUCAGUCUCAAUGUGCCAAUCGCCCAGGGAGAGUCAGACUUUGAAUACCUGGAGGAGGAUGAUGAAGAUGAACAGAACUCAGAAAACUCAGAUGAUGAAGUAUGCCACAAAAUUAUGCCACAAAACACCAAACUGAUGGGUGCAAUAAAUGAUGGGGAUUCUUCGGUAUGCAGCACAGUGGACUAUCAACCACCUGAGCCUGAACCAGAGGAAGUGGAAGAGGAAGAGCCAGACCCAGUGGAGCCAGAGGCCUGCUUCACCGACGAGUGUGUGAGGCGCUGGCCAUUUCUGACCGUGGACAUCACCCAAGGUAGAGGCAAGAAAUGGUGGAACCUGCGCAGGACUUGCUUCACUAUUGUGGAGCAUGACUGGUUUGAGACCUUCAUAAUCUUUAUGAUCCUGCUCAGCAGCGGCGCUCUGGCCUUUGAAGACAUAUACAUAGAAAGACGCCGAACCAUCAAAACUAUUCUGGAGUUUGCUGACAAAAUUUUCACCUACGUCUUUAUCAUCGAGAUGCUCCUUAAAUGGGUGGCAUAUGGCUUCAAGACCUACUUCACCAACGCCUGGUGCUGGUUAGACUUUUUCAUUGUUGAUAUUUCCCUGAUAAGUCUAGUUGCCAACUGGCUGGACUUCUCUGACCUUGGACCAAUCAAAUCCCUCAGAACCCUCAGGGCACUAAGGCCACUUCGAGCAUUGUCCAGAUUUGAAGGGAUGAGGGUGGUGGUGAACGCUCUUGUUGGGGCGAUUCCCUCCAUCUUCAACGUGCUUCUGGUGUGUCUGAUCUUCUGGCUCAUCUUCAGCAUCAUGGGAGUUAACUUGUUCGCUGGCAAGUUCUACCGCUGCAUCAACACCACCACGGAGGAGCUUUUCCCCCUCACGGAGGUCAACAACAGGAGCGAUUGCAUGGCCAUCGAAGAAGCCACGCAGGAGGCGCGCUGGGUCAACGUCAAAGUCAACUACGACAAUGUCGGAAAAGGCUACCUGUCCCUGCUCCAAAUUGCAACUUUCAAAGGUUGGAUGGACAUCAUGUACGCUGCUGUCGACUCAAGAGAGGUCGAGGAGCAACCGUCUUAUGAGAUCAACCUGUACAUGUACAUAUACUUUGUCAUCUUCAUCAUCUUUGGCUCUUUCUUCACACUCAACCUCUUCAUCGGCGUCAUUAUUGACAAUUUCAACCAACAAAAGAAAAAGUUUGGAGAUAAAGACAUAUUUAUGACUGAGGAACAGAAAAAAUACUACGAUGCCAUGAAGAAACUUGGUUCCAAGAAGCCACAGAAGCCAAUUCCACGUCCAACGAACCUAAUCCAGGGCCUGGUGUUUGACUUCAUCAGUCAGCAGUUCUUUGACAUCUUCAUCAUGGUGCUCAUCUGCCUCAACAUGGUGACCAUGAUGGUGGAGACGGACAACCAGAGCGCGGAGAAGGAGGACUUCCUCUUCAAAGUGAACGUGUCGUUCAUAGUCAUCUUCACAGGAGAGUGUGUGCUGAAGCUCUUUGCCCUGCGACAAUACUUCUUCACCAACGGAUGGAACAUUUUUGAUUUUGUUGUGGUCAUCUUGUCAAUAGCUGGUACAAUGCUCUCAGACAUUAUCGAGAAGUACUUUGUGUCGCCAACUCUGUUCAGAGUGAUCAGACUGGCCAGGAUAGGCCGGAUUCUGCGUCUUAUCAAAGGCGCGAAGGGCAUCCGGACGCUUCUCUUUGCUCUGAUGAUGUCACUUCCUGCCCUGUUCAAUAUCGGCCUCCUGCUCUUCCUCAUCAUGUUCAUCUUUUCCAUAUUCGCCAUGUCAAACUUUGCCUACGUCAAAAAGGGGGCUGGGAUCGAUGACAUGUUUAACUUUGAGACGUUUGGCGGCAGCAUUGUCUGCUUGUUUGAGAUCACCACGUCGGCAGGCUGGGACAGCCUUUUGCUCCCGAUGCUGAACAGUAACGCUCCGGACUGCGAUCCAGACUUUGAGAACCCCGGCACGGAGGUGAAGGGCAACUGUGGCAACCCGGGCAUGGGCAUGAUGUUCUUCUGCAGCUACAUCAUCAUCUCAUUCUUAGUGGUGGUCAACAUGUACAUCGCCAUCAUCUUAGAGAACUUCAACGUGGCGCAGGAGGAGAGCGGCGAUGCACUCUGCGAGGAGGACUUUGAGAUGUUCAACGAGACUUGGGAGAAGUUCGACUUACAUGGAACUCAGUUCAUUGAGUAUAGCAAGCUCUCGGAUUUCUGCGAUACGUUGCAGAUGCCGCUGCGGGUGGCCAAGCCCAACCGGCUUCGCCUGAUUGAAAUGGACCUGCCCCUGGUCAUCGGGGACAGGAUCCACUGCCUGGACGUCCUGUUGGCCGUCACACAGUUGGUCCUGGGCGACACUGUGGAGAUGGCGGCGAUGCGGCUGAGCAUAGAGGCCAAGUUCAUCCUGAGCAACCCCACCUCAGACUCCUUUGCACCGAUCACCACGACGGUACGCCACAAAGAAGAGGAGAGUGCCGCUGCGGUCAUCCAGAGGGCCUACCGCAACCACCUGCUGAAACGCUGCACGCGCCACGCCGCCUUCAUGCACCGCUCUAAGAGAAUGGGUGGGAAGGACGAAGGUGAAGAUCCACCAGAAAAAGAAGGGCUGCUCGCCAGAAGGUUGGGAGUGCUCUAUGGCAGCAAUGUGGACCUGGCGCAGAAGAUGGAGCAGGCUGCUUUAGAAGCUCUAGCAAGGCAGGGGCCUCCCAGUCGUGAGACAAUGUCACCGGGAGCCCAGUGUGGUCCAGAACCACCGGACACAAACACCCUGGUUGUACCUGUAGAAAUUACUAAUGAGGUUUUAUUACAUUCUGCCCCCCAACAACACCUCCUGUCCCUGCAGGCGAAUCUGAGAGAGUCAAUUGUAUAACAAACAGCACUGUUUUUUUUGUUUUUUUUGUUUUUUGUUUCUUUACCAGCUAAGGGAGUAGUGUUAGUUAAGUCUCACCGACGACGCAGAAUUUUUCCACACAAGAUGAAAAGGUCACGCAGUGCUAAUGAAUGUUUUAAACUUAACAGACAAUUCCUGUUUAUUUUAAUGCGACAUUUAAAUUGUCUUUUUGGCUUAAAUGUGAAACUGGUGUGCAUGGUUUUCUCACAUAAUAACAACCAUAUAGACAUGAGCAAAGAUAAACUCUGUGAGUGAUAAAUGAGAAAGGGAGAUAAAUAACUUUGAAUCCACAUCACGUUGUGCCUGUGAUGCUUUUUCUUUGUGUAACUGGACUUUGACUGAGGUAAAUUUGACUUCAAUUGACACCCUCAAAUCAAGGGCACAAUUAAAAAUUAAUUGAUCAGGAUUUAAAUGAACACCGGCUUCAUUUUUUUGGACUCACUGUCCAGCCAAUCGCAGUGGACCAGAAUUUGACAAAUUUCUAGGGCAAGAAGAAUCUUGAAACUGCAACUUUGAGCAAGGUUUUUUUGCCGGCCUUAAAACAAUCCUACACACAUUUCACACAUUUUUAACACGCAAUAUGCUUGAGGCCUUUAUUUAGGUCGGCGAUAAGUUCAGAAAAACCAAACCAUGCGCCCCAGUUUCUGACCAAAGAGCAACUUCAUCAUCACGUGGACAUCAUGUAGGAUUUCCUGCUGUGUUCGUGUCACAUACACAGUUUGUACACACGCGCAAACGACCAGUUUAAAGGGGAAAAGAAAUCAAUCGUCAUCACCAAUGAUUUUGCUUUCUCUGGCGUGACGUGAAUGCAGCACUAUUAUCCUUUUCUACAGAGCAAUAUUUUUUUUAAAUGAAUUUGUAUGCACAACAUUACUUAAUCAUGAGAGUCACAUUGACACUGAACCAUUAUUAUAGUAAUUGACUCACUUAUUUCAUGAAUAAAUAAUUACUUUAAGUCACUUUUAUGUGGAACAGCACUAAAUGCUAAUUUUUUUCGAUUAGACACCAAAUUAUUCUCUGUGGUUGAAAUUAGUUGUGAAUUAUUAUCUAAGGGAAUAAAAGUGGAUCCGAUUCGUCCCAGUCCACCAGUGAAACCCUGAUUUUCUGAUCAUCACGACUGGCUCACUUUUCAGACGGCCCCGUUUUAUAUUGCACUAUUUUUACCCCUUCCAGGUCAAGUUAGGGCAGUUGACUAUGUGAGGCCGUCCUGUUUUCCUAAGAUGAUUUCAUCACUGAUAUUCGCAUGUCUUACAAAAUGUUUCAUCUGUUUUCUAUGAUUUUUCCCCCCUCGAUAUGAAAAAGGGAACCCAAAGCCAUGGGUUUUACAUCUCAGCAUUCAGGUUUAGAGGCCGUCUGUGACUGUGAACUUAAGACGUAAUGUUUACAUGAACAUGGCUGAAUAACAGUCUAUUAAACAACAAUAACUCUUGCACUAACGUACGAGUCCUUCGGUGCUUACCUGUACAUUUUAAAUGGAGUUCUGCCUCAGGUUAGAUCAUGUGCACAAUCUGACUUUUCAACUGAUCUAAAGGGGAAUUUCUAGCCCCACACUAGCUCAGCGUGAAGUUAAAUUUGAAAAAAGCCACAACCUUUUCAAUAUCUACUUAUCUCCAUAUUUUAACACUGUGGAUCUAUUCAUCCCGAGUCUGUCCUCACACAGAAAGGUUCGAUUCAUCUGCUGUUUUGCAAGUCUUAACUGAAUUUCAAAUGUCUUACUCUACUACUGUCUACUGUCUUACUAUAAAUAUAAUGAGCACUUUUACAGAUUUCUAGUUUGUUGUUGUUGUUGUUGUUUUUUACAGUAGACAACAGAAGGUCGCCUCUUCUCUUGUUUGUGUGUUCAUCGCUGUUUUAACAUCAAACCCUGGAGGGGGAAAAAAAGAAAAAUCAUGAAUACUUCCUCUGUGAGGUUUCUCUUUGUCUUAUCCUGCUGCCGCAGCGUGGCGGUUAUCUUCCUGUCUGGGAGACUGUAAUGUGACCUGCAUCAAUCUUAUUUUGCAUCGACACACCACUGCGCCGCUUCGCCGUCGUCUCCCCUGAUGGUACAAUCAUACUCACAAGACGGUGUCCUCCUUUUGUUUACAGGGAAAUCAUCACCCCACACACCCACAGUCAGUGUUGCCUGUAUAUAUACUUUUUUUUUCUCUUUCUUCUGUAUUGUAUAUUUAUAUCACUUUGUUAUUGUAAAGAAUUGUAAAAGAUAUUGUUAGAAUAAAAAGACUUCUUGUAGGGAAAAGCAGGCUGUGGGUUUAUGUCGUUGCCUGUGGAGCUACACGGGUUCACUGAGGCCCUCUGGUGGUGAGAAACAGACUGCACCUGGGAGACGAGUUGUGAAAUUGUGUAUAUCAGCAGUGUAUAUUUGUGCGUAAAAGGUUUUGAAAUAUUCUGAAUAUACUCAACAUCACCAGAUCCAAUAAGGUGCCUGUCUGCAUCUAAAUGCUUUCUGAC